AUGUCUCCCUCCCUUAGCAACUCCAGCGACAACGGCACCCGCAACCGCCGAACGGACACCAGCAACCUGGCAGAUCACUCUGACCCACAUUCCAGAUCACCGGACGAUCUCGAAGAUGAAAACCCAAGCAAACGACCCCGACUCCCGCUAGGCAAGGAUGACUGCGAGAACGACGAAACCGAGCGACUGCGCGCGAAAUUCAUGGAGCUGCAUCCCACCCUGGACGCUGGUAAAGCUGGAAAAUCUUUCUCGUCAUUCCAAGAGGCUGCUAAAGACGUGCGGCUGGUAGGCACCUAUCUUGCCAAACUCGAGAAAUUUCGAGGCAGCUUGUUGCCGGGUAUAAACCGUUCCUAUGUCGACCAAAUGUGGCAACAGUUUAUCCAAAGAGAGACGAAAUCUCAAUCCCUCGCCCAAGAUCUGCGUUUUCCUGGCAACACAUAUAUGAUAGAUAUGGCGGUUGAACUAGCUUUCUUGUGGAAUCACCCUCAGUAUCAUGGUAAGACUGAAAUCAGCAAAACUACGAUGCUUGAAGCUGUCGAGGCCAAAAACCAAGACGAGGCUUGCGCGAUUCUAGAAGCUCGUUCAAAAGAGGUUUCCUCACUGGGCAAGGAUGACUCCGAGGACAGCCAAACCAAGCAACUGCGCGAGAAAUUCAUAAAGAUGCAUCUCUUCCUGUACGAAACUGAAGCUGAGGAACAUUUCAUAUCGUUCCGAAAGGUCGCUGGAGACGAGUUGGUAAACACAUAUCUUGCCCAACUCGAGGAAUUCUACCGCGAUGUGCGGAAUGACGGCCCUCUCCAAAUUCGACUUGCGUGGCCACAGUUUAUCCUUAGAGAGAAGGACUCUCAAGACCUAGCCAAAAAUUUUUCCUUUGAUGGCAAUAUGAUGGAUCGCGCGAUUAAGCUAGCUUUCUUGUGGCGUCACCCUCAGUAUGAUGGUCGGACCGAAUUCAGUACGAUGCGCCAAGCUGUCGAGGCCAAAACCGAUAACGAGGCUCGCGCCAUUCUAGAAGCCCUUGCGGCCAAUUUUUUCAACAAACAGGAUGUGACUGCGGACGUGCGAGUGAGGUUGAAUCAGUGGAACGACUACACGGAGGUCGCAAGCUUAGGAACACUUGACUGGGCAGAAAGAACCCAGCAAAGAUUCACUGACGAUGUUCUUGCCGAAAUGAAGAAGUUUGACAAUUCCAUGGAAGAUCCUCUUGUCUGCGCGAUGAACGCAAUGAGUGACUCCACGGGGUUCGUAAAUAAAAACCCUUUGAAGGUACUGCUUGUGUUGGAUGAAGCAAGGGUGUUACUUACAACCCCCGAGUCCACCCUAGGAUUAUCACUUUUCCGCACCCUUCGCCGCACAAUAAUGAAGACACCUGAGAAAGCGGGAUUCUUCACCAUCUUGGUCGAUACUACGUCCAAUGUUGCUAACUUCAGCCGUGCAUCGAAAUUCGACCCGAGUGCGAGACAUGGCUUCGUCGGGCCAAAUCUGCUUUAUCCACCGUUGUAUGAAAUUGCUUCGUUGGACGCGAUGGUCCCGCCCGAACCGCCCAAGUCAUGGGAGGAAUUGGUAUCUCCGGGACGACUAUUCAAGUAUGGAAGCCCUGUCUUUGGGACCUACUUUUGUGAUGCCUCAGCCGAAGAAAAUGCAGUACAUACGAACAUUCAUCAUGCUAUUCUGGAAUUGGCGCAUUUCAAAUUGCUCGGUCCAAGCGAGCCCACUGGGCCAAAAAACUUGACGAAAGCACAAGCCUUCGCAUUUCUUGGUCCCACCAUCCAGCCACGGCUCAGUGCCGCCUAUGACCUCAACACAGAGCUUAUCGCCUCACACGCUGCCCACUGCGAUCACAUCAACCCAGAUUGUGAUAUGGUUUUGAGCAAUUACCCGUCACAAUUCACGCUUGCAGCAGCUGCUGUGCGGUUUCUGACGGAUGAUGGAAAGUUGGUCCAAUGUAUCAAAGCCCUCACUGCUGCUGUGCUCUACGGACUCAAUGCCGCGGGAAGCGCAGGAGAACUUGCCAGUCGUAUCAUCCUGUUGCGUGCAAUGCAAGUCGCUUUUGCCUCAAAAAAAAAAACGUGA